AUGGCGGCCAAUGAUCAUGCCAUCCUUCAUGAUCGAGCAUACAUGCCAACAAAGAGAAGCCUUCUGGAACUCGCAGCCCAAGAUAGGAAACUACCCAAGAAAUUUAAAGACCCUGGGAGCGUGACAAUCCCUUGCACCAUAGGGAAUGAGUUAGUAGGGAAGGCUCUCACUGACUUAGGGGAAAACUUCAACUUGAUGCCCCUGUCAAUGUGUAGAAGAAUUGGAAAUUUGAAGAUAGACCCUACCAAGAUGACGCUCCAGCUCGUAGAUCGAUCAAUCACAAGACCACACGGGGUAGUAGAAGGUGUCCUUGUCAAAGUCCGCAACUUUACUUUUCUGGUGGAUUUUGUCGUCAUGGACAUAGAAGAAGAUACGAAGAUUCCUCUUAUCCUAGGUAGACCCUUCAUGCUGACUGUCAACUGUGUGGUAAAUAUAGGGAAUGGAAAUCUGGAAAUGAGCGUUGACAACCAAAAGGUAACCUUCAACCUUUUUGAAGCAAUCAAAUACUCAGAGGAAGAUAAGAGGUGCUUCAAGGUGGAGGAGGUCGAUAAAGAAGACGUUGGUGCUCUUUCAACUACAGAAACUUCACUGGAGAAAGCUUUAAUCAAUGUUGUAGAUUGUCUAACCAGUGAAGAAGAGAAGGAUCUAAGGGCUUGCUUGGAAGACUUAGAUUGUGAAGAAAAUAUUCCUAUAGGGGGGACCAGUUUUGAAAAAUUGAAAAGCAGGAGUCCAUCCGAGAAGACCAAGGUGGAGCUAAAGAUCCUACCCAACCACCUAAAGUAUGUGUUCUUGGAGGAGAACGAGACCAAACCUGUGGUAAUCAACAGUGAGCUCAUAGCAGAAGAAGAAAACAGGUUGGUAGAGGUCCUCAAGAGACACAGGGAAGCAAUAGGGUGUCAUAUAUUAGAUCUCAAAGGAAUCAUCCUUGCCUAA